AUGGCUUUCAGAAAAAGUACAUUGAUUUUCUUGGUUAUGCUUGCUUUAUGUGGUGUUUGUUUUGGUGCUGUGUAUAGAGUUGGUGAUUCUAAUGGGUGGACUUCUAGAGGACUUGUUGACUACAACGAGUGGGCUUCAACAAAAGACUUCCAUGUUAACGAUACACUCAUAUUUGCUUACAACAAUCAAUUCCACAACGUGAUGCAAGUUACUACCCAAGAUUUUGAAUCUUGCAACCCUAACUCUCCGGUCACAGUCUAUACCUCGGGAUCUGAAAUCAUCACCUUUGAUAGGCCUGGCAACUUUUACUUUUUGUGUGGUGCUCCUGGUCAUUGUCAAGCCGGACAAAGGGUUGAGAUCAUGGCCACGCUACCUAAAUCGGAUGAUUCCUCACCUUCAGCCUCUCCGACUGAAGCGAUAUCGGCAAGCUCUGCUCUAAGUAAUGGUCCUGCACUUCAUUUUUCGAAACUUGGGUUGGGUGUCACCAUGUUUGUGUUAUCUACUCUUUUGGGUUUUGUAUUUUAG